GGCUGUUUCCAGCGCCGUGCAGGCUACCAAGAAGAGACUAUCAAAGGGAAGGAAUGGACUUUCAAGUCGGGACCCUUCGAUUGUGUUACAGAUUGGUUCCAGAACAAGCAGCAAACACAAGUGCUUAAGAUGUCCCUGUGGAACAAAGAGAGAAGACAACUGCUGGAGGACACUGAGCUCUUGAUUGCAUCUAUGCCUUCUGCAGCACUUGGCAACAAUGCGGUGCAGUCUGCCAUUCCAGACAUGGGAAGUGGGAGCCAAUCUGAGGCCAUGAAGCAGAUUCUGGGAGUAAUUGACAAGAAGGUUCGCAACAUGGAAAAGAAAAAGGUAAAGCUGGACGACUAUCAGUCAAGGAAGGAUAAAGGAGAGCGGCUGAACCAGGAUCAGCUGGAGGCCUUGUCCAAGUACCAGGAAAUUGUCAACAACCUUGAGUUUGCUCGAGAAUUGCAGAAGAGCUUCCUGGCACUGGGCCAAGAAGUUCAAAAAGCAGUGAAGAAGACUGCAAGACGAGAACAGCUGCAGCGGGAGGAGCUAGAACAACGGCGGCUAAAGACGCUUCUGGAGCUGAGGUUUGCACUGGACCAGUUAGGAGAUGACAACAUCAGGCAGGACUUGAAACAGCCUGAUGCCACUGGUUCUCCCUUACUCACUGAUGCUGACCUCACAUCCCUUGAUGAGUUUUACAAAUUGGUGGGGCCUGACAGGAACUACAGUAUGAGGUUUAGUGACCAGUGUGAAGAGGCCUCACUACACUUAUGGGACCUUCUGGAGGGGCGAGACAAGGCUGUAGCAGGAACUACAUAUAAGUCACUGAAGGACACUCUGGACAAGGUGCUACUUAGUGGUUACUUUGACAGGGCACAAACCCAUCAGAAUGGCACGUGUGCACAGGAAGAGGAACAGCAGGAGCAGAAUGUCAUAGCUGAAUCUGACUGUGGACAGCAGUCGUCUGAACUUGAAGGAACAGGUGCUGAUACCUACACGGAGCCAGUUAAAGUGGAAACUACAGAGUUUGUAAACAGACAGUUCCUUCUAGAAACCACGUACAGCAGUGCAGACAAAGACCCAGUGGAGGAGUGGACAGUGGAUGCUCAGGUUAUGAAUUGUCUCCAGCAGCAGUCUCCUACCCAGCUGGCUCCAGAACCAACUGUUACUGGAAACCAUGUUACUACUUGUCCUACCAGCGACCCGGUGAUCAGAAAGCAAGCUGUGCAAGACCUAAUGGCUCAGAUGCAGGGGACGUACAACUUUAUGCAGGAUUCCGUACUUGAGUUUGACGGACAAGCUCUGGACCCAGCUAUUGUUUCUGCUCAGCCAAUGAAGCCAGUGCAGACUGUUGACCUGCAGCAGAUGACUUGCACUUCAGCUCAUUCAGAGUCGAGACUUCUUCAGACAAGUGCGGUUUCUGGGCCACUGCAGUCCUCACAAGCUUCGAUGUCUCUGUCCUCUAAGCAGCCCUCUACCCCAUGUUCCUUGUCCUCUGCUUUCCCACCUGUCUCCAAAACCACCCACAGCGGAGGCAUCAAUGUCAACGCAGCACCAUUCCAGUCGGUGCAAGUGGUAUAUAACAUGAAUGUACCUGUACAGUCAGUUUCUGAUGGUCAUGCUGAGCCUCUGAAGCAGCCCAGUCAAUUCUCCAGCGGCUUUGGACAGAGCUUCAUCAGCCAAACUGAGAAUGCUGUUGACCAGCCUGACAUCUCACAGGAAACACUACAGUCAGUUGUUUCUGGGUUCCAGUCCCAAGACCACACCAUGCCCUCAGCAGGGGAUCGUGAAGACUCGUCAGCAGGUACUGGUUAUGGACAGUCUGGCCAGUCCUUUUACAACAGCAGGACGGUGCCCAGGGGUGGGUCCAGGAAUGCUCGUGGAAUGACAAACGGCUACCGGGGAGCCUCCAGUGGCUUUAGAGGUGGAUAUAAUGGGUACCGCCCUCCUUUCUCAAGCACGGCUGGCAGCGGUUAUGCUCAAACCCAAUUCAACACAUCACGGGAUUAUUCAAGCACUACCUACCAGAGGGAGGGCUAUCAGCAAGGGUACAAACGGGGAACUGCUCAAGGACCUCGAGGAUGUUCUCGAGGGAACGCUCAAACACAGAGACCAUAAAAGAUCCGAUCCUAAGGACCAUCAAGUUACGCCACGUUGAACAUUCAGGAUUUUUUAAUGUUUGCCCCAGCUCACUUUUAUAACAAAGUUUUAUUUGUCAAUGGUAUUUUUUUUUAACUCCCUGCCUACUUGGUCUGUGUUGUCUCAGUGGUCUUAAUGUUUUAAACACACAGUGCUGAACUUCAAGGUAUUUAGGUUUAUCAGCAAGUCUGUGUUAGAACAGCAAAUAGAUAUUCCUGUAAACUUGAAAAGAUUUCUUUAAUUUAUUUUUUUUGUAUUAAAUGCAAAAAAAAUCUGAUGAUUAUUUUCUUUUCCUGCCCAAUGAUUUUUCCCACUCUUUAUUCAAACCUUUUUUCUUUUUCACAUUUUUGGUAUUCAUGAAUUUUUUUUUUUUUUUAAAGAUCCACUGUCACAUCUUGCACCAGUUCCUCUUUGUACACUGACGAUAUUGGUUGAGACUGUUUCAAUAAAGCUGUGCUCGAUUACUAGUUGUACCAU